AUGGCCAUGGUGGUGGAAGAAGGAGGGGAGCUUUUCGCCAUGAGCGAUGGGAGCGAGGAGGAGGCUGGGCGCCGGAUGUUCAGCGUCCGAUACCUUUCGAGCCACUCUUUCAUAAAGCCGUCCCGACAUGAUUCCUGCCCGGAGCCGGCGAUGCCAAUUUCGGCCAGUCAGGUGCUGGAAGCUCUCAGAAGAAUUCCGGACAAGCACUGGAAAAACACAGGGAGGGCCAAUGUCCGCCCUGACGGCGUCGAGACGAUCGAUUCCUUGACUCUUGGCCUAGUCUCGUGCGCCAGUACCGCAGGCAUGCCCUUGCCCUCGCGUAGCACGCGACUAUAUCCCGGGCUGUGUCGGAUGCUGCUGCGCUUCUGGAAGCAGCAUCUUCGCCAGGAGCAUGCGGUGGGCCGCAUCCCGGGCUGCCAAGCGCUGGCAUGCACAAGCAUCCAGCUGAACCGAAACUACGCGGCCCGGCCCCACGUAGAUGGCAACAAUCUCGGCCCCAGCUGGAUCACCGCAGUGGGUGACUGGAGCUUUGGCGGUGAACUUUUCGUCGAAUCGGCGUUCGGCUCCGAGAAGCACGUCCUAGAGCAUGACAUUCCGCCUCGGUAUCGCAAGGGCGAGAUCUGCAUGGGCCGCUUUGUCAACGUGCAGAACUGCUGGGCGCGUUUCGACGGGAGGGCGAUGCACUUUGUGCGGCCCUUCGAAGGAGGCGAUCGCUUUAGCCUCGUGUUCUUCUGCUCGACGAGGCAUACUUCGUGCCCUGUGGAGGCACGGAGCUACCUGGAAGAGCUGGGCUUCAGGCUGCCACCCACGCGACACAGUCCGUUCACGGAGGAGUGCCACUGCAACGACCUCCCAACUGCGAUGCGUAUGGACGACGAGGGAAGGCUGUUCGACAUCACGCCGAGGCUGUGCACGUCCUCACGGAAUCUCGCCCUUUGGCAGGAGCCACCGGUGAAGCGCCGGCGCACGAAGAAGUCGCCAGGCAGCCCAUGA